UGAGUGCACGGCAUUCCUGCGGGGGAGGGGAGGAAGGACCUAAACCUCAGUGUCCCGAAGGACCUCAGGGAGCCCUUUUGUCUGCAUUGGAGACUCUCCCCCGACUCAGACGCCGCUUGCCUUGACUGUCUUAUUGACCUAAACAUAAUCAUCACUAGGCGCCUACUGUGCGCCGAGCAUAGUGCAGGAAGUUGGGAACCGUGCAGGAACCAUACCGACGCGGCCUGACUAUAGAGGGAUGAGGGUCAGACUUUUGGAUAAUAGAUGUGAAUGAAUGCACACUAAUGGAUGUCUAAUCACAGAAAUAAACGCUCCAAAAACAAAAAUCAACAAGGGAGAGGGAAAAGUGGGAGGCGGAGGCCCAGGAAGAAAAAAUCCACGAAAAGCUUGGUUAGAGCGGAGUCGCUGGUUUUUGCCCCGGGAACCAGCCUGUAAGAACCUGAGGCAGGAAGGAGCUAGGCUCUGCCCUUAAGGAUCCUCAAGGGUAGCCAGAAUAGCAGAAGCUCCGAAAGAUACCAAACUGGGCCAAGUUAAAAGAUUUGUGAUUUUAUUCUGCAGGUGACUGGGAACUGUUGGAGGGGUGUUAAACGAGAGGUUGGACAGGAUUUGUAUUGUAACAAGUUACCUCCCCACUCCCUCGACUUCCUUGGGGAAAGUGUUCUAAAGGGCAAGAGAAGCUGUGGAAAACCAGAGAGGAGGCCAGGCACUCGUCCAGGAGAAUUACCUGUGAGGAAACCGAGGCUUCGACUGGCUGCACAUAUUUGCCCAGGCUCAAGGUAAGGAUGCCCGCAACACCCGUUUGCUACCACCACUGUACACCCCGGGCGAAGCCUACGGCAGGACUAGAACUGCAAUUCCCGUGGGGCUGUGCGGCAGCCUCGCGAGAGUUGACCUAAAUUCAGCAGCAUCGCGAGAGUUGGCUUAAAUGUGGCGGCGGGAAGCCGGCGAUCGUAGCUACCGAAGCGGCUGGGAGGGCUGGCUGCUGAGGCGAUGGCGGACAGCUACAGCCGGGACAGCGAGCCUACGACGCGCACGCUGCUACGGCGCGUGCUGGAUACAGCGGAUCCGCGCACCCCGCGGCGACCCCGGAGUGCUCGGACUGAUGUCCAAAGAGCCCUGCUUCAAACACCUUCCUCUAGGAGGCUGAGGAGCCAAACAAAGAUGACUGCCAGGCAUUGUUCUCAUAGAGCCAGGUCUAUUGACAGAUUGGCCCAUGUUCAAGCCAGUGGACACCUGGAGGAACAGACACCCCGGACUCUGCUGAAGAACAUCUUACUAACUGCCCCGGAAUCUUCCAUCCUAAUGCCAGAGUCAGUGGUGAAGCCAGUGCCGGCACCGCAGGUGGUCCAGGCUUCCAGACAGGAAAGCGGUCGGGGCAGCCUGGAGCUGCAGCUUCCUGAACUUGAGCCCCCCACAACCCUGGCUCCAGGUCUGCUGGCUCUUGGCAGAAGGAAGCAGAGACUGAGGUUGUCAGUGUUUCAGCAAGGAGUGGACUUGGGACUGCCUCCCUCCCAAGAGCCUCAUGGGAAUGCUGAUGCCUCUUCCCUCACCAGCUCCCUCAACUUGACCUUCGCCACACCCCUGCAGCCACAAUCAGUGAAGAGGCCUGGUUUGGCCCGCAGACCUCCUACACGCCGAGCUGUAGAUGUGGGUACAUUUUUGCAGGAUCUGCGAGAUACUUCCCUGGCCUUGGCUCCUCCAGACACAGUGUUGGAGGACACCCAGCCCUUCUCCCAGCCCUUGGUUGGCCGUUCCCCCAGUGUGCACCACUCCCUGCCUUGCCCCUCUCACUCUGGGGCUAAAGAUGUGGAGAGGGCUGCCAGUCGCAGGACAUGGAGCAGUGGGCUUGGGCUGCAGAACAACGGUGCUGGGAAACCAGCCCCGUUUCUGGCAGGAAAGGUGGAGGAGGUUGGUGCCCUUGCUAUGGGCUUUCCGAACAUCAGCAGUAAUAUCUCUGGAGAAGAUGUAAUAGAGCCCUUACAGAAUGGAGUAGGUGAGGAGGCAGAGGAAAGAAUGGAAGAAAGCUUGAGGGAAGUGGAGAAGGCAGCAGAAGCACAAGGAUCCGCCAGAGCAGAAGAGCCUGAAGGACACAUAGAAGUGACCGAAGCAGAGGGAUCCUGGGGGGCUGUCGAGGCCAAGGAGCCAGAAGGAUCUUCAGGGGAUGAAGACACCUCUGGUAGAACAGCAAGUCCAGAGUUGGCCUCCAGCACCCCAGAGUUCCUUCGGGCCAGGCGACUUCAGUUUCUUGAGACAGCUCCACCACCUAGCACUGCAGUGUUACCUUCAGAGCCUCCGGAGCCUCUGUCGGCCAGGCUUCCUCCCAAGCCCCGAAUCCCUGGCUCCAGACCCCGUCAAGAUCCCUACAAGACUGGACUGAACCACUAUGCGAAACUCUUUAGCUUCUAUGCUAAGAUGCCCAUGGAGAAGAAGGCUGUGGAGAUGGUGGAGAAGUGCCUGGACAAGUAUUUCCAGCAUCUUUGUGACGACCUGGAGGUAUUUGCUGCUCAUGCUGGCCGCAAGACUGUGAGGCCAGAGGACCUGGAGCUGCUGAUGCGAAGGCAGGGCCUGGUCACUGACCAAGUCUCCCUGCAUGUGCUCGUGGAGCGGCACCUGCCCCUGGAGUACCGACAGCAGCUCAUCCCUUGUGCAUUCAGUGGCAACACUGUCUUCCCUGCCCAGUAGUGGCCAGGCCUCAACACCUGCCCUGUCCCUACCUGGGGCCCCUUGGCCCCACAUACACUUCUAGGUUUCCUCCCUGCCCCCCAGCAUCAAUAAAAUGUCACAAACAGAA